AUGGAAGAUAUCUCGCCAGAAUACGAUGUUGUGGUGAUGGGCACCGGUUUGACGGAAUGUGUUCUUUCAGGUGUACUCAGCGUGAAGGGACAGAAGGUCCUCCACAUUGACCGUAACGACCACUACGGCGGAGAGUCCGCUUCCGUCAAUAUAGAAACACUUUUCAAAAAAUUCCGUGAUGUGAAACUGGGUGAGGAACCUUGGAAAAAAUAUGGCCGAGUGAACGACUGGAACGUUGACCUGGUUCCCAAGCUGCUCAUGUCAAAUGGAGAGCUGACCAACAUCCUCGUUUCCACGGAUGUUACCCGAUAUCUCGAGUUUCGACAGAUUGCAGGCAGCUACGUGCAACAGGGUUGCGGAUCCAAAGCCACGGUCGCUAAGGUCCCGUCCGAUGCGGGCGAGGCUCUUCGAUCCUCGUUGAUGGGCCUGUUCGAGAAGCGACGGGCGAAGAAAUUCCUCGAGUGGGUUGGAGAGUUUGACGAGAACAACCCGGCCACCCAUCAAGGCUUGAACAUGGCAACAUGCACUAUGAAAGACGUCUAUGAUAAAUUUGGGCUAGAACCUACCACCAAGGACUUCAUUGGGCAUUCCAUGGCCCUUUAUCAAUCUGACGACUAUAUCACGGAGGCUGGCAAGGCGAAGGAGACAAUUGACAGAAUCCGCCUUUAUGUCAACUCUAUGGCUCGCUAUGGCAAAUCCCCUUACAUCUAUCCACUCUUUGGACUUGGUGAACUUCCCCAAGGCUUCGCCCGUCUAUCUGCCAUCUAUGGUGGAACAUAUAUGCUCAACACCAACGUCGACGAGAUUCUAUACGACGGUGAGAAGGUUUCCGGUAUCAAAGCCACAAUGAAAGACAGGAGUGAGCCCGGAGAAGGCAUGACCUUCACUACAAAAACUAAGAAGAUAAUCGGUGAUCCCACCUACUUCCCUGGAAAAGUCCGGGUUACCGGUUACCUUCUCAAGGCCAUUUGCAUUUUGACGCACCCAAUCGAUAAAACGGAUUCGAACGAUUCUCUACAGCUGAUCAUUCCUCAAUCCCAAGUCGGGCGAAAGCACGAUAUUUACAUUGCGAUGGUGUCUUCUGCCCACAACGUCUGCCCAAAGGGCUACUAUGUCGCCAUCGUCUCCACCAUUGCCGAAAACGAAGUAAACCACCACAUCGAGCUGGGGCCUGGCUUUGAACGCCUUGGAAAAAUCGAAGAAACAUUCAUGGGUCCUCCCAUCCCGCUGUACGAACCUAUUGAGGAUGGCAGCAAGGAUCACAUCUACAUUUCAAAGAGCUACGAUGCCACCAGCCAUUUCGAGACUACAACUGAUGACGUCAAGGAUAUUUACAGGAGAGCGGAGGGACAUGAAUUGGUGGUCGAGGGCUUGAGGGACGGAGCUAAUCUUGUCCAAGAGGAGUAA